AUGUUGAACAAGUUGAGAAAUGAUCAGGAGAGGUUGACGGAGGAUAGCGAGAUGGAAGAGUUUGAAGAUAUGUCUAUGGAGGACUUCGCAUCUGAUUUGCUAAAAGGGUAUGUGUGGAUUGAAGGGAGAGGAAUUGGGAAGAACGCCAGAGAAGAUGUCAAGGUGGUUGAGUACACCAAAAGAACUGGGAAAGAAGGUACUGCUGCUGCGUUUCUAGGGUUUUCCGGAGCAACCCCUUAUCGAGAACAAAGAAGAUGAAAGGCUGUAAAAACGGGAGCAUGUGCUUUUCUAUCGUAAUGGUUUUUGGGCUUCUGUUGCUGUGUGCCCUCGCUUGCAUUGUCAUACGUAGGUUCCUACCGAAAGAGAAAAAAAUGGGCCCAGAUGUUAGCGGAAGUAUUGUUGAACCGGAAGGUUGAUGGAGCUAUAUAGAAGAGCAAUUAGCGUGCAGCUGUGUAGUGAUCAAUGGAUUAUUAAAUAAUAUAUGA